GUGUCAGCAAAGACGUCAUAUUUCCUCGCCUGGAUUCAGCUCCUUCCCUCUUCGCUUCGCGUCGAUCGCGAUUUCUCUGUUUUAAUUACCGACUUUUGCUCCGGUUUCGGAACCCGGUGCUGAGCUCGGCAGGAUGGGUCCGGUAGAGCUCCUCCACAUGUCGGUUUUCUCCCAGAGUUUUUCUCCCUGUGGUCGAUAUCUGGCAGCUGGAAACAACUACGGAGAGAUCGCCCUCUUCAGCCUGUCUGCAGCUCUGAGUCCAGAUGCGACCGCACUGAGUCAGAAACCAGUUCUCACGUUCACAGCUCACGAAGGUCCCGUCUUCUCUCUGCUCUCCAACGACUGCCAAUUAUUGAGCGCAGGAAACGGCGAGAUCAGCGCCUGGAGCUGGGCCGAGCUCAUCAAGAAGAACGUCAAACCUGUGUGGACGAAAAGACCCAACUACAAAUCCAGUCUGGAGAUCCCGGAGAUCAACGCCAUGGUCGUCAACCCCAGAGAUAACAGUCUUGUGGUUGGAGGAGGAGACAACAACAUCCACAUCCUGGACCUGGAGCACGGAGCCUUCAAGUCGGUCCUUCGCGGGCACUCGGACUACAUCCACUGUGUGAGCGUGAGGGAGAGGGACGCCGAGAUCCUGUCGGGGGGCGAGGACGGAGCCGUGAGGAUGUGGGACAGCAGGACGGGUCAGUCUGUCCACUGCGUCGAGGUCCACAAGUACGAGAGCUGUGCCCGGCCUCAGUACGGUAAAUGGAUCAGCUGUCUGACCACGGACUCUGACUGGAUGCUGUGUGGCGGAGGUCCGUCUCUGUCUCUGUGGCAUCUCCGCUCUCUGUCGCCGACCUCCAUCUUCCCUCUGACCGGCUGCCAGAGACAAGCCGCCUUCCACCAGGACAUGAUCCUGGCAGUGGGUGAAGGCCCGUUCGUGUCUCACUGUCUGCUGGGGGGAGAAGUCAAAGCUCAGAUCCCCUGUUCACCACAGAACCUCAACACGCUGCAGCUCAACACCAACAGCACCGAGCACCGAGUGCUGACAGCAGGAGGCAGCAGCGACCACAUCGACGUCUUCACCAACCUGUCGUACAGAGCGUUCUCACUGCGCUUCUGACGUGAAUGUGUCUGACAGGUGGAGCUCUGUCACUAUUUUUACUGUUAAACUCAGCUUUUGUAUCGUUUAGUCUGAAGAUAAUAAAAUAUUUUGUACCAACA